UACCAAUCGUUCUAGUCAGGUGGUUGUCAAAAUAAUCUUGAAGUGCUUCAAAUUAUAUUUAUACAUAUAUUUCACUCGAAAUUAAAAUGUUUGAAGACGCUGAAGGAUUUUCCGAGCUUUUUAAAGGCUAUUUACCUUAUUAUUUAUUAAUUGCUCUACCUAUUUUUAUAAUUAUUUCACCGACUCCAGUUUUAUCCUCACAUGAAUUUAGUGCCUACCGCAUGCAUCAAUACGAUUUACAUGGAAAUACUUACGGUUGUCGGAGUUCUGCUAUAAAUUUAGAAGCACGAUCUUUAGAGGGGUAUCGAACAUCAAGGCAUUGUGUUGUUGUCAGUUUGCAGGAUUUAACAGUUGAAAUUUUUCAUAAUUUGCAAAGCAAAGCUGGUGCAUUACUUAUUGUACUACCAGAAACUUUGAAUAAUUUAACAGUAGAAGAAAAACAGGUUCUUAUGUUAUUAGAAGGAUCUAUGCUUACACAAGAUGUUUCAAUUCCUGUAUAUUUUACUACAUGGUCUCAAGAUGUUGAUUCUAUACUCAAUGAUAUUAAUGAUGUAGGAAGCAUAGAUGAUAAAUCUAAACCAGCUCUUGAUUCAAUAAUAAAUUCUGUUGCUGCUAAUGGAUAUCAAAUAGUAGUAUCCGGGGGAUCCCAUGCACAAAAAUCUGAUAUUAAAGUUGUAACUUUGCAAGGAAAUUUAAAUGGCCAACCAGGAUCUGAUGGAAAACUGCCAACUAUUGCGAUUGUAGCUUAUUAUGAUAGUCUCGGGGUUGCACCUGAAAUGUCAAUGGGUGCUGAUUCAAAUGCUUCUGGUGCUAGUGUUUUAUUAGAAUUAGCUAGGAUAUUUUCCCAUUUAUAUUCAAAUGUUAAUACAGUUGGUCAUUAUAAUUUAGUAUUUUUAUUAACCGGUGGGGGUAAAUUAAAUUACAUGGGCAGCAAGAAAUGGCUUGAAGACCAAUUAGAUUCACUUGAUGGUUCUAUCAUUCAGGACGCCACUUAUAUAAUGUGUUUAGAUAAUGUAGCCUCAGGAAACUCUUUGUAUAUGCAUGUAUCGAAGCCACCUAAAGAGAACACACCAGUAAACAUCUUUUAUAAAGAACUCAAAUUAGCUGCUGGCAAAUAUCAGUCAAAUAAUCAGGUGACAAUUGAAGGUAUACAUAAGAAAAUAAAUCUUGCAGAUGAUAUAUUGGCUUGGGAACAUGAGCGAUAUAGUAUUCGCAGAUUACCUGCUUUUACUUUAUCAACAAUAAAGAAUUAUAAGGAUCAAAAACGAUCAACAAUAUUGGACCGUACAGACACUAUAUCUAUAGAAAAGUUAGCUUUACAUACUCAAAUAAUUGCUGAUGCGUUAGCAAGUCAGAUAUAUAAUAUUUCUUCAAGUCAAAUUUUUAGCAAUUCACUGAAGGUUGAAAAGGACUCUUUGAAAUCUUGGAUGGAAUACAUUGGAAAGCAACCAAGAUCUGCCCAGUUGCUUUGUGAUAAAAAUAAUGCUCUUGUUUCAGCUUUAAAAGAAGGAAUGAGUAAAUACUUGAAAGAUGUUAAAGCUACAGUAUUAACACCAGAUAAAAGGGAUCCAGAAUUCAUGUUGUAUGAAGGCUCUAAAGCAAUAUUAAAUAUCUAUCGGGUUAAACCAGCUAUAUUCGAUUUGGUUCUUACUAUUGCUAUUAUUGCAUAUUUAGGAAUUAUUUAUUUGUUCAUACAAAACUUUUCUAUAUUAUAUAAUUUUGUUUGUAAAUUAACAGAGUCCAAAGCAAAAAUUAAUUGA